AUAUCAAGUCAUUUUUAAAAAAACGUCAAGCCGUUUUUCGGUUCAGUAUCAAGUGAAAAAUCGAGUUCUUCAUCGUCUACAAUCAGAUUCUGGUUCAGCAGAGCGGACAUGAAAGCCCUUGCUUUAGCUGCUUCUAGGGUAUCAUCGUCAAUUUCACCAUCUUUACAUGCACUUGAGAGUUUACCCCAAUUUCAAGAAUCAAUUUAUCAGUUCAAAUCAAAUCCAAAAGGUAACCCCGUUGAUCAUCAGUAUUUCUCUAAAAUUCUCUCGAGAAAUGACUGGUUUUUACUGCUUAACCAUGAGUUUAAAGCCAAAAGGAUAAUUUUGAAUCCUCAGUUUGUUAUUAGUAUCUUGCAAAAUCAAGAAGACCCAUUAUACCCUUUUAAAUUCUAUAUGUGGGUGUUGAAUGUUGAUCCUUUAUUUGCAAAGGAUCAAUCUGUUAGAGGUGUUUUAGCUAAUUGUUUGCAUAGGAAAGGUCCUCUUGUGUUGUCUGUUGAUUUGCUUAGGGAUAUUAAAAACUCCGGUUAUCGAAUUAAUGAAGAAUUGCUUUGUGUUUUGAUUGGUAGUUGGGGUAGAUUAGGGUUGGCAAAGUAUUGUGAUGAGAUAUUUGGGCAGAUUUCAUUUUUGGGGAUUAGUCCUAGUACAAGGUUGUAUAAUGCAGUUAUUGAUGCAUUAGUGAAAUCGAAUUCUCUUGACUUGGCUUAUCUUAAGUUCCAGCAGAUGUCGGCUGAUAAUUGUAAAGCCGAUAGGUUUACUUAUAAUAUACUUAUUCAUGGAGUUUGUAGGAGCGGUGUCGUGGAUGAGGCACUCCGAUUGGUUAAGCAGAUGGAAGGUUUAGGUCAUACGCCCAAUGUGUUCACUUAUACAAUGUUAAUUGAUGGUUUCUUUAAUGCAAAGAAGGUUGAUGAAGCGUUUAGUGUAUUAGAUAAAAUGAAGGCUCGCAAGGUGAGUCCUAAUGAAGCUACAGUUAGAUCAUUCAUUCAUGGGGUCUUUCGUUGUGUGGCUCCGGAUAAAGCAUUUGAGAUAGCAAUAAAGUUUAUUGAAAGGCAGCACGUUUUGCAGAAACUGGCUUGUGAUACAUUGUUAUGUUGUUUGUCUAGCAAUAAUAUGGCAAGAGAGGCUGGUGCACUGUUAAAGAAAUUUGGGAAGUUAGGCUACAUGCCUGACAAUGCAGCAUUUAACAUUGCGGUGAAUUGUUUGAUAAAGGGCUUGGAUCUAAACGAUACUUGCAAUAUAUUAGGCGAAUUUGUUGAGCAAGGCUCGAAAUUGGUCUUUAGGACCUAUCUAACACUGAUUGAAGCUCUAAAUAUGGCUGGAAAAAUUACAGAAGGGGAUCGGUAUUUCAAUCAGAUGGUUAAGGAUGGAUUUUUGUCUAGUGUUUGUUCAUAUAACAUGGUAAUAGAUUGUUUCUGCAAAACCAGAAUGAUGGACAAAGCAGCAAAGGCUUUCAAAGAGAUGGAAUAUAAAGGUAUAAUACCUAAUCUCGUUACUUUCAAUACCCUUAUCAGCGGGUACUGCAAAGAGGGAGAGGUACGCAAGUCGAGGGAUUUAUUAGAGAUGCUGUUAGAACAUAGGUUUAAACCAGAUAUCUUCACUUUUAGUUCAAUAAUCGAUGGCCUUUGUCGAGCAAAACAGAUUGAGGAUGCUUUUAGUUGCUUCACAGAAAUGGUUGAGUGGGGUAUCUCUCCCAAUGCUGUCACCUACAAUACAUUGAUUCGUUCUUUGUGUAUCAUAGGGGAUAUUCCCAGAGCAAUGAAACUCUCACGGAAAAUGCAGAUGGAUGGAAUAAGCCCUGAUGUUUUUACUUUCAAUGCACUUAUUCAAGGAUUUUGCAUAAUGGGAAAGGCAGAGAACGCAGAAAAGCUAUUAUCUUCAAUGUUGUCAUUGGGUUUAGUUCCAGAUAAUUACACUUAUGGGGCAUUUAUUAAGGUCUUCUGCGAAUCAGGGAGAUUUAAUGAAGCUAAGGAGAUAUUUCUCUCAAUGGAAGCAAAUGGCUGCCUGCCUGAUUCUUUUACAUGCAAAAUAAUAUUGGAUGCUUUAGUUAAACAAGGUCAGCUUGAAGAGGCCAAAAAACUUGCCAAAAAAUGUAGUGAGAGGGGCAUUUUUGUGAAUGUUUCUACUGGACAAGAGGAUUCUGCUCUUCCGGAUUCAUAAGUUCAUGACGCUUUAUUCAUAUUUUUCGCGUUAGAAGCAAAGCAAUCACAAAAAACCAGACUGCUGCUCAUCUCAUUUGUAGAAUCAUGUGUAUCCGACACUUGGUGAUGCAAAUUGUUUUAUUUUAUCAAAUUGCUUCAAGUUUUUGGGCAGUGAACAUUAUAGCUUUCCUGGUGAGAUAUGCUUGUUCAGGAUUAUAACUGCUCAAUAGAUUUUGUAAAAUCACCAUUUCUGGUUCAAGAAUGGAAAGCAUCGGACACUUCAGGAAGAAGAAGAGAAACACUGAGGCUUGAUGUGAUUCAGAGGACUUCCUCAAAGUAUUAUGAUGCUGAUAUUUAAAGGCAAAGAUUACUUUCAAGAAGGCAGCCAUGUGUAUAACAGAUUAGAAGUGACAGAAGCUUACACAAAAGCUUUGUGGACAUGGGCUCAAUGGGUUGAUGCUAAUGUCAACAGCAGUCAUACUAGAGUCUUCUUUCGAGGCUAUUCUGCUUCCCAUUUUAGGACAGUGGCAUGGAAUAGGAGUAUAUACAUAUAUGAUUGAUGGUCACAUAUAUUGUUCGGAGUAUAACUUCUUCGAUGACAUAAAUUUGAUCAGUUGUUAACAUGUGGUGGCGCAUCUUGUUGACGACUUUUACCGGUGGCCGGAGCAUUUAAAGGCUGAACCAUGGGAAUUAACUCCAAGGCCAUUCUUUCCCGUUCCAUUUUGUAGAAAUGCAAAGCAUUACUUCCCCUACUACUUCCAUCACAAGUAAUCGGUGCCGACAUGAAAACGCCGACAACCAACAUGAUCGCAAGCAGACAUGAACGAGAACGAAAACAAGUCACCAUUUCCGGCUUGCCGCGAUCAAAGAUGUGUAUUAGUUGUGUGUUGAUUUGUGGAGCUUCAGUGGUCUUAAGAGCCUUAUUUAUAAAGGGAAAAGGAAUGCAUUGUAUGUGAUGAUAAUAUUAUUUUAUGGAAUUCUUUUUCCUUUUUAAGUAA